AGGGCAGGCAGGGUGGCAGGCAGGCAGUCGGGCGGUACCACACUUCUCGCUGCCCCUUCUCCCUCUCUCUCCCUCCUCCUCCUACCUCAAACCGUGCGCCGAGUAACUCUUCUCUACUUCUUCUUGCGAGAUUUCGACCCAUGGAAGUUACGUUGUGCUUGGAAAAUUAAGUUAAAAGUUGGAAUAAGUACUUAAUUCUUAUCUUAUACGUCUGAUUCGUGUUAAAAGUUGAUAGAAAUGUUAUUAUGGCGUUAUGUAAUGAUUGGAAUCUGAACUUUGUGAUUCGUUGGUGCUGAAAUGUGAUAUGGAAACGUAUUGAUAGCGUGGAACAAACUUAGAAUUCUUAACUGUCUAAAUGAUGUUGAAACGUAAGAGAAAUACACUUACAGCGUGAAAAAGCAUUGAAAUCUGAUCUCUGUCUCCCAUUACUGUUCAAAUGUGAUUAAAUCUGUAAUUUUAGGGUGGAAAAAGCAUUGAAAUCUGAACACCGUGUCUUAUAAAUGUAAAAAUGUGAUAAAACCGGACUUUGAGAGUGAAAGAAGCACUGAAAUCUUAACUCUGUCCCACAUUAGUGUUAAAAUGUGAUAAACUCCGUACUUAGAGUUUAAAAGAAGCAGUGAAAUCGUGUGAGGCCAGUGACGAAGAUGCAAGACAGAGAAUUCAACUGAGUGGGACUUGAAGAAAAAGUAACGGAAGAGGGAUACGAGAGAGAAAACUUAUGGAAACUUUGAAAGGGAUGAGUGAGAUAAGUUUUUGAGUGGAGUGGGAGGAAUAGAAGACGUAAGCUGGAACGGGAAAUGGAAGAAAAAAUAACGGAUUAAAGUUGUGAAUGAGAUGCGAUAGUGAAGUUUUGAGUGGAGUGGUAACAAAAGAAAUCGUAACUUGAGAGGGAAAAGAAAUAAAAAACACGAAUUAGAACCGUUAAUAAAAUACGAACGAAAAGUUUUGAGUAGAGUUAAACUUCAGAAAACUAACUCGGAGAAGGAAAGGAAAGAAGAAAAACAAAACGUAUUAGAACUGUAAAUGAGAUAAGAGGAGGAAGUUUUUGAGUCGAGGGGAGAGGGAAACGAGAGAAAAUGGAUGGAAACUGUGAAUGUGAUAGGAAAGAGAGAGAGAAGUUCUUGAGUCGAGAGGGAGAAUGAGAGGAGAUAAGGGGGGACUUGUAUGGACUUCCUGCGCGUGUUUUGAAAGUUGAUAUUGGGGCCUAAUCUGCUAUCACCACCACCGCCUCCACCACCACCAUCACCACCACCACCGCUGCCCCCUCCACUACCACCGCCGCCGCCGCCCUCUCUCCCCUCUCUCUAGACUUUCGUGACCGGAUGAUGAAAUGUUCGAUCACUGCGUGUGUACAAGAAUGUCUCGCGGGUCGCCUCGUGGCCCGCCGUACCUGGGCGAGGAGGAGGCCAAGUCGUGCUGCGGGCUGAUGGUGACGCAGGCGGUGAGCAUCCGUUGGUUCAUCAUCAUGAUAGCUUUCGUGGGCCUCUGCUGCACCGUGGUAGGCACCGUGCUGGGCGCAGUCAAGACCUACAACUCCGAGUACGUAACCAUCACACUGCUUAUGAUCGGGGUGGGCAUAGUGCUGAUCACCGUGUCGGGUGUGGCGUGGCACCUCACCUCCCGGGACGCCCCCUGCCGCGUCAUGCUCGGCCUAGCGCCACACGACCCCGCGCGCGGCGAACCCCGACGCUUCAUGGCUCGGAUGGCACCAGCGUUCGGCCGCCCUCACCACCCCUACGCCGCCAUGAUGUACCCGGAGUUCCAGUACCGUCCCCCGCCGCCGAGCUACCAGGCGUCCAUGCAGGAGUACCGCCUUCGCCUGCUGCUGCUCGACCGCCACCACGCGCAGGCCAGCCAGGCGCCCUCCCCGCCGCCCACCUACCGCUCCGCCGGCCACAACCUCCGCGGGCUGACGGUAAACACGCUGGGCCGGGAGAGUAACUACAGCCAGCCGCCGAGCUACAGGUCCCGGGAAGGCUCCGUGUCCCACAACCCCGACGCUACACUCCCGUCCUCCCACCCCGGCGGCCCCAUCGUCCCCGCCCACUCCCGGGACCCCUCCUGCCUCUCCUUCCUCUCCCACGAGUCCAUCUACUCCGGGGGACCGCCUCCCUCCCAGGACGGCUCCCUGCGCGCCGCCCCUAUGGUUGACAGGGACAAGGUUGCCGUCAUGGAAGACUCGGCGCUUCCACCCGCCAAGAAGGACGGCCGGAAGGACGAUAACACCGUCACCAUCGUGCAGACGACAGACUCCUCGCAGGUGAUCGGCUCCGACGCCGUGGUGGUAACGGUGUCCGGCUCAAACUCCAACUACGUGACGGCCGGCCCGCCGCAGCCCCCCAGCCCCGCCGACGCCGAGAUAUCCGUCCUAGCGCAUCUUUGACCUCAUCUUGCCUGCUGAAUGAGCUCUGAUUCUAGUGUAUGUUCACCCUACGUAAGGUUAUGUAAGGCGUUACUAGUGUUCGUGAGCUGAUGAUAGGUAUAUAAAUAUAUAAAUAUAUACAGAAGUCUAUAUAUACAUGUAUGUAUUUUCAUAUGUCAUGCUGAAUAUUUAUAAAUAAAGGAUGGAGGCAUGAGA